GGAAAGAAUACAGGGACACCAGCGCCAGAACCGCCAAAUAUCACCAGCCCUCUGCCUGUCUGACGCAAUCGAAAUGAGCUCCCGUCCCUCCAAACGGAGGAGAGUUACUCCGCCUCUUGAGGACGGUCAAGAGUCUAGGGAGAAUGACAACAAAAUUCAGAAAGCCUUCUUCAAGAGCGCCGCAAACUGGGACCUCGAGCAAGAGUACGAGUUGAAAUCGAGAAAAGCCAAGAAGAAGGAAGCAAAAAAGAACGGUAGCGAAGCUGGGGGCAGGCUGCCCGUUAAGACUCCUCAAGGGACAUGGAAAAUCCAAGACGAUGUCGAGUCGAUAGCGGGCGACGCCGACUGGUUCGAAAGCGAUGAGGAUGACGGCGCCGUCGACGAACAGCCUGAGGAAGCCGCGCCAGAAGUGCCCAAGAUCUCCGAGCGUGAGCAGAUUCGAAAAGCGCAGGAGGAACUUGCAAAGAUUGCGACCCAGCUGAACGAGGAUCCGGAGGAGCAUCCUGGCGCGUUCAAGGCUUUAGCUCGCAUCGGCGAAUCGCCAAUUCUCGCCAUCCAAAAGCUCUGCAUUGUUACCCAGAUGACCGUCUACAAGGACGUCAUCCCCGGCUACAGGAUACGACCGGCAUCUGAAGAUAUCGCUGGAGAAAAGCUGUCGAAGGAAGUGAAACGGCUCCGGACGUACGAGCAGGCCCUCGUAUCCGGGUAUCAAAACUACAUCAAAACUUUGGCGAAGCAUGCAUCUUCGCCAGCCACCGAGUCUCGAAAAGGAGGGCAGCCCAUAUCCAGCGUUGCCUUCACGUGUGCCUGCACACUCGUCACUGCGGUGCCACACUUCAACUUUCGGGGCGAACUGUUGCGGAUACUCGUAAGGAAGCUGAGCAGGCGCAAGGUGGAUGAUGACUUCACCAAGUGCCGGGAAACUUUGGAGACACUGUUUCGGGAAGAUGAAGAAGGAAACGCCUCCAUGGAAGCAGUGUCUUUGCUCACCAAGAUGAUGAAGGCUCGCGACUACCGAAUUGACGAGAGCGUGCUCAACACUUUUCUGCAGCUGCGACUACUGUCCGAGUUCUCCGGGAAGGCAUCGCAAGAUAAGGUUAGCCGCCCUGGUGAUCAACCAAGCGUCAAGAAGCCAAAGGCAAAGAAGGAGUUCCGGACCAAGCGGGAACGGAAACUACUCAAGCAGCAAAAGGAGGUCGACAAGGUGAUGGCUCUAGCUGACGCCACCGUCAGCCAUGAAGAGAGGGAAAGGAUCCAAUCGGAGAUUCUGAAGAUGGUUUUCGCAACAUACUUCCGUAUCUUGAAGGCUCGAACGCCACACCUGAUGGGUGCUGUGCUCGAGGGUCUUGCCAAGUAUGCCCAUCUGAUCAACCAAGACUUCUUUGGGGACCUUCUUGAAGCCCUCAAGGACCUCGUCCGGGACAGCGAGAAACUUGAGGAGCACCCGAAUGGGGAAUCCAACAGCAACGAAGGAGAUGACGAACUUUCUGUGGUUCGCGACACCAGCAGAGAAGCCCUCCUCUGCACCGUGACAGCCUUCGCGCUUCUGGAAGGCCAGGACGCCCACAACGCCCGUUCAGACCUGCAUCUGGAUCUCUCCUUCUUCAUUACCAACCUCUACCGUAGCCUCCUCAGCCUCUCGGUCAACCCGGACAUCGAACUCGGCGCCAAAUCCCUUCACCUCUCCGACCCGGACGAUACCUCGGCAGGCAACCCGGCCAACCGCAGAAACAACAAGGUGAACCUCCAAACCACUACAGUGCUCUUGAUGCGCUGCCUAAGCAGCGUGCUCCUGCCUCCCUGGAACAUCCGCUCGGUGCCCCCCCUACGACUGGCGGCCUUCACCAAGCAGCUCAUGACGGUGGCGCUCCAGACGCCCGAGAAGUCGUGCCAGGCGGUAUUGGGCAUGGUGCACGACGUUCUGCACACUCACGGACGCAAGGUCAACGCGCUCUGGAACACGGAGGAGCGCAAGGGCGACGGCACAUACAAGCCGCUGGCCGAAACGGUCGAGGGCAGCAAUCCGUUUACGGCUACGGUGUGGGAGGGGGAAUUGCUGCGGAAACACUACUGUCCCAAGGUCAGGGAGGAGUUGAAGGCCAUGGAGAAGGAAUUGAGGAAUCUCUAGUUGGGUUGUCCAGCCUUUUUCUCCAGGAGUAAUGGUCGGCCGAAGUGCCUUGGAAUAGAAGAUCAACCUGCUCUGUAGUUACUUGUCCUGCACAUUGUUGGCUUCGUGAAUCGACACGCGAAUGAUCCGUCCCGUUGCUGUCCCGUUGCUGUCGCCGAUGGGAAAAGCAAGCAACAUGAGCGUCCGCAAUCAGAGUCGUAGUCGUUUGCCCCCUUUGCACCUGCCAUUGUCCCCACUUGUUUUCG